AUGGUUAUAAACAGCAAAUCCAUAAAAUCUAUAAAGGCAUUUCAAUCGGUCUGUAAUCUCAAAACAUCGAAUCUUGCCGAAAAUAUGAUACUCCGAGUCGGUGUUGAUGAAUUAGUUUUACCUGAAUUAGAAUUGCUGAAUUUGGAUUGGAGUGAGUCUAAAGUGAUUAGUAAAUUGAGAUUACCUUAG